AUGAAAUUACUAGAGAUGUUGGUGUUGGAGAUUCUCUCAAAGCUUUCUGUUAAAUCCUUGACCCGUUUCAGGUGCGUCUGCAAACCUUGGUCUUCAUCUUUUCGAACCCAUCAUUUCAUUUCCAAACAUCACCAAAACAACCUCAGAAAAAACAACCUUAAUCUCCUCCUCAAAUGUUGUCAGUUCCAAACCCAAGUCACCCAUUAUUUCUCUCAACUUUCCAUCGAGAAAGGCCUAAACUUUACAGUAAAACACAACAUUCACUUACCCUUUUUCGAGCAUUGUCAGUCUGGUCCUGCAGUUUCUGGACCUUGUAAUGGAUUGGUGUGUUUACGAAGGGAUGAUAAGGUUUCCCUUUGGAAUCCAUCAACUAGGGAGUUCAAAAUUCUUCCUCAAUCCUCGGUCUCUCGCUCUCCUUUAGUAGAUUUCACUAGUUUUGAUUGCCUUGGUUUUGGGUUUGAUUAUCAAAUUAGUGACUAUAAAGUUGUGAGAUUUGUUACUAAUUAUUUUGAACACAAGGAAGACGUAAGCAGAAUUCCUGCUUGGAAUCACCAAGUUGAGUUGUAUUCCCUUAAAAGUGAUUCAUGGAAGGAAAUUUCAGCUCAUGAUGUUUAUCCUUAUGAUGGUCCUCCUGAGUUCAAUAUUUAUAUAAAUGGGUUUUAUUAUUGGCAGGCAAGUGGGAAUUUUGAUUACAUUUUCCUUUCAUUGGACAUGGUUAAUGAAAAGUUUUCAACUUUACCGUUGCCUGAAUUUGGUAGGUUUUUUGUUGGUCAAGUUUUGGAGUUUAAGGGAUUGCUUGGUGUUAUUGUUUAUCCGUUGCUAGGUACCGACAAGUCUUUUUAUUUAUGGGUUAUGAAUGGAUCAUGGACUAAACAAUUCAGUAUUGAAUCCGUUUUUGGAGUUAAGAGACUAUUGAGGUUUUGGAAAAAUGGUGAAUAA